UAUAAGGCACCCUUUUCUUGGGCUUCUCAUUCUUCUUAAUCCUCCGUCAAAUCUAAAACCCAUUUAUCAACUUUUUUUCAGUUCAUCUCUACUCGAAAGAAGGAGAAACCGUUUUUUGGUUAGUUAGUCGCGACUUCAUGAGUGAUCGGGCUUCACCGGCGUCGGAGGCAGUUCCGGCGGCUGCGACGGAUAAUGAUGCUGCUGCGGCGUUGACAUUGACACCGGUCGCUCCUGGCCUCCGAUUUCAUCCAAGCGACGAAGAACUCAUUAGCUAUUACUUGAAGAGGAAGGUUCAGAGCAAACCCAUGGCAUUGGAAGUGAUUGCGGAAGUCGAUGUUUACAAGAUCGAGCCCUCUGACUUACCAGAGCAUUCGAGGCUAAAGACAAAGGACCAAGAAUGGUUCUUCUUCAGUGCCAUGGAAAAGAAGAAGGGCAGAAGUGGUUUUAUGAACCGAGCAACGAACAAAGGCUUCUGGAAACAAUCUGGAAAAGACAAGAAAAUCCUGCGAGGAGACAAGCAGUUGAUUGGUACGAUGAAGACCCUCGUGUUCUACAAUGGGCGUUCUCCAAAGGGUCAACACACCAAUUGGAUGAUCCAUGAGUACUGCCUCGCUGAAAAUGACCAAGGCCUUGAGAUUGAUAAGUACGCGUUGUGCAAAGUGAUCCUCAAGAAACACGCCGGGCCACUUAAGGGACACGUGUAUGCACCCUUCUCGGAACAAGAGUGGGAUGACGAUGAUGGUGGAGGAGCUCAUGUUCCAAGCGUUGUGCAUGCCAAUGCAAUCAACGAGAUCCAGCAGGAUAACCACUCGCAGAACAAGAACCUCAACGAUCCCAAAACAGCUGAUAAUGGUGAGCCACUGGCGAAAGAAUGUCUUCCUCUUUGUGGCAUUGACAAAGAAGCUCCACGUCGUCUAAUCGGAUACAAACGCAAGGGAAACUGCAACAACUCGAGCCAAACCACUCAAGACCAUUGUUCCUCCCCAGCAGCAACCGGCGACACUAUAUCUUCCGUUGGAGCAACGCUGGAGGAGAACGUACCAGAACCAGUUGCUACGAUGGUGCCUACAAGCUCUUCCACCGAGCUGAUCAGCGAUAUGGAGAAGAAGAAGGAGCAGAUGUCUGAGGAGAGAAAGACGUAUGAGCUUGAAAAGACGAGGGCAGAACUGAUGAUAAGCCUACUUCAGGAGCAGAUUGAUGCAUUGCGUGCGGAAAACGAGGAGCUGAAGAGGAACAACAGCAACAAGGGACUAUGCUCUUAAAGGGACACAACAACAAAAAGCGCCGAAUCAUGUUGUCUCAGCUUUCUUCUGUCUCAGGAGACCAAGUUAGUAUUGUGAGCUAUGUGGACCUGUUUGGGAACUAUGUGAAUCUAUAAUUGUAAAAAUUAGGCAAAAACAAGUACUAGAAUCUGAGACAUGUAUAUAGUUUUCUCUUUCUUUUUGCUUAUGUUGUUACGAUGUAAAACUCUAUUGGAAAAUCAGAACAGGCAGCUUACAAACACAUCAACAGAUUUGGAUUUGUUUUUUUUUCUUUCUGAUAAAGAAAUUAGUAUUAGAUCGAGCAGGGUUGAGAGUAAUAUCAAUCUUGCACGCUUGUAUAGUAGUAAUUGAUGAUUGAAUCCAAACUUCAGAAUAUAUAGUGGCUCAACAUACAGUCAUCUAACUAACUACUUUAAUAGCAUCAUAUGAAUCCCACACACCCGAGAGUGAAAAUCCAAAACCACUCUGUAACUAUGGUAGUAAAUAAAAAGAAAAGAAAAUGAACUUAGAGAGGAACUUGCCAUUUAUCAACUAAGAAAUAGGAAAAUCCAUUGACAGAAGUUUUGUAACACCACCAUUGUAAUCAUAAAUAACUUGAAAAACAAUACGGAAGGACGUAAUAAAAAGCUUUGGAAAAGAAAAAAACAAGAGGAAAGCAAUAAGAGAUUCUGACAUCACUACCUAUGAGCAAAUCAUUAGGAUCAAAAGGAACCUGUAAAACUGAUUGUCCACCAAAUCCAUAUAAUCAUAAUUCUCUCUUCCAUGCUCUUAUUCUUCAACCAAUCAUGUGUUUUGCUCAAUUCCAUUUUCUCUUCUUUCUUUUUUACUCUGAAUAAAAAAAAACUCUUCCUUUAGUUCUCAGACUCAUUCUUCUUACCUUCUGCAUCUCCUUCCCUCUCUUCAAGCAACCGACCACUCUCUUCAUCAGCUUGCUGAAUCUUCUUCUGAGCCUCUUUAGCCUUCAAGGCCUGCAGUUUCGCGUGAUUGUAGUACGCAACUCCCAAGAACGCGAUCCCGUACCCGAAAAGGUUGAUAGGAGUCACAGUGUCCUUAAUCACAGACCACGAGAACGCGAUCAAGAGCCAAUCCUUAACCACACCAGCAACAUUCAUGGUCAAAGCAGAGGUUUUCCCCACGAGAAGGAACACAGCGAGAUUCAGUGCGAAGGCACAGCACGAAUUCGUCCCGAAGAUGGCGUAAUCGAAGUGGAAGCUUGAUGUGUCUCUGAGAACAGGGAACUCGACGUAGAUCCAUGGAACAAACAGGAAGGCUAAGCAGCAAGGAGCAACGUAGUAGAGAGAAGUGAUGGGGUUAAGAGUGAUUCCUUUGGAAGUGAGUAAGAUCUGAAUCAGCACCAAACGAGUCGCCUCGAACGCAACCGCACCGAGCUGGAGCAACACACCAAAGACAUCGAACCUAGCCUCGCCGUAGGCGGCGAUUGCGACACCGAAGGAGAUGGAGAGCAUGUUGACCAUAGUAUCGGAUUUGAAACCUUCCUUCUUCAGGAGAACGCCGAUCGAGUAAACGGCGACGGGCAUGAGCGCCUUGAGCAUCUGGAUGAAGGAGACGGAGAGGUAAAUGUAGGCGGAAUUGGAGAGCCAGAGGGAGAGAGAGUAGAGGGCUCCGAUCGGGACGACGGAUCUGAGGUAAGUCUCGCGCGACAUUGAAACGGGCUCGACGAAUUUGAAGACCUUGAUGAGGAGGAAAGCUAGGGCUGAGCAGAAGGACAUGUGGAUCAUGGUGAGGGAGAUCGGGAAUGGCCAAUUGUACAUCUUCUUGUCGAGGAUGUAUUUGUUGUACACGAUUACGGUGAAGCUGAGGAAGAUCCAUAUCGCGACGUAGCUGUAGGAGAGGACGAUCUUCUUAAUCACGCUGUCGCUGAGCGUGCCGCCUUUCCCCAUUGCGAUUGGAUUUCUCGUGAAAUUUGAUUCUCCGUGCGACGGUUCCGCGGCGGAGAACGACGGUGGUGGAGGCUGCGCAGAACAAGCGGAGAGAGAGAGAUGAUUGUUGUUAGUGUGUUUGUUUGGUGAGAUCCUGAAUAAAAAGUCUUCGAGCUUUUUAGGAAGAAGUGCCCCAGUUGUGCUCUUCCAUGUCUCUCAGUUAUCGAUUUAUACCGUCGAAAUAUUAAUUUUUAAUUAAACAAUAAUAAUGUGAAGAUAGUAACGAAAACUGAGAGAUGAUCACGAUAUUAAAUUAAG